GCCACUCAUGACAAAGCGAGCAGCGAGAGCUGCCUUUCGUCCGCGUACGUGGCGACGGGACCCAUGUUUUACCAUGACCAUCUGACAUUAUGAGGUCCCACUCUAAGGCGGGAACCCAUUUUUCCUCUUUUCUUGUAAUUAUUUGGUGUAUGUGUAACAGAUGGUCAUGCUUUUUGUGAGGAGAGAGAGAGAGAGUUCACGGUCUCGCAGAUACUGUGUCUUGAAAAGAGAGUCUAGAGAGUGUGUUUGUUUGUUUGGUUGCUGGACUAAAUGAGCUGAAACAGUUGAUAGAUAGUUUUGUCUGUUUGGUUCAUCUUUUCAACCACAGAGUAUGUAGAAACCAAGGGAGAAAAAAAAACAUCAUUGAAGUUUGUUCCUUUUUGAUUAUUUUGAGACAAUAGUUUGAGUUUUUGUUUGUAGCUUCUUGGAAAUUUUCUGCUUUUUUUUUAAUUGUGGAGGGAAAAGAGAGAGAUAAAUUCCAGAUAAGAAUCUAUGAACUAGUGAUAUUCCAUUCAUCUUCUUUGUUAAGAUUUUGAGUUGAAGAUUCCUUGUUUUUUCCUUCUCUUUCUUUCUUGCGAGUGUUUCUCAUUGGUUUUCUCGAGAAUAUAUGUGUGCGUUUGGGAGAAGACUGUAGCAUUUAAAAAGACUUCACUUUUUUUUCUUCUUCUUUUAGCUUUGAACAGCUUCAGCUUUCUUGGUUACACAAGUUUGUGUCCGAAUCUUGAACUUUUAUUCUCUUCAAUGGAGCAAAGAAGUUGCAAGACUGUCUAUAUUCUCUUGUUCAUCUUCUUAGUCUUCUCUUCAAGAACAAGCACAAGCGCCGCAAGUUGUCGGCGGAAAGCUGUGAAACACUUAUCCACAGCUCCACCUUCAUCUACACCACUCGAAUCAAGAAUCACUACCAAGGUUAUUGCUGUCAGCAUAGUUUCAGGGGUUUUAACCGGGUUGGUCUCGGCCUUAGCGUUAGCUUUCUUGGUCCGUUGCACUGUCAAGUAUUUGAAACAGACGCCACUUCUCAAAGGCCCUGUGGUGUUUUCCCCUAAGAUCACACCUAAGUCUCUUCACGCAGCUCUUGCUAAUGGUAUCCAGUUGCUUGGCUCUGACCCUAACGGUAAGUACUACAAGAUGGUGCUUGAUAAUGGUCUGGUUGUCGCAGUUAAGAGACUAGGCUCACUUGAAGGAAAUGGCUCACCAGAUGGUAGCAAGUCGGUUAAGAGAAGGUUGCAGAAGGAACUUGAGCUUCUUGCUGGGUUAAGGGAUAGGAACCUUAUGAGUUUAAGAGCUUAUGUCCGUGAAUCUGAUGAGUUUUCCCUGGUGUAUGAUUACAUACCGAAUGGUAGUCUUGAGGAUGUGAUGAACAAGGUUAGAGCUGGAGAAGUGGAGCUUGGAUGGGAGAUCAGGCUGAGAGUUGCUGUUGGAAUUGUGAAAGGGCUUCAGUAUCUCCAUUUCAGCUGUGAGCAACAGAUCCUUCAUUACAACUUGAAACCUACAAAUGUGAUGUUGGAUUCUGAGUUUGAGCCUCGCCUUGCUGAUUGCGGAUUGGCCAAGAUCAUACCCACUUCACACACAGGAGUGUCUUGCUACUCUGCUCCUGAGUCUUCUCAAACUAACAGAUAUACAGACAAAAGCGAUGUCUUCAGCUUUGGGAUGAUACUGGGUGUUCUUUUAACCGGGAGAGACCCGAGCCUUCCUUUCUCUAUAGAAGGUGCAAGCGGAGGGAGCUUAGGACAGUGGCUGAAGCAUUUGCAGCAAUCCGGAGAAGUAAGGGAAGCGUUAGAUAAGAGUAUACUUGGGGAGGAAGUGGAGGAAGACGAGAUGUUAAUGGCUUUACGGAUCACCAUCAUCUGCCUUUCUGACUUUCCAGCAGAUCGGCCUUCAAGUGAUGAGCUUGUCCACAUGCUUACACAACUGCACAGCUUUUAGCCCAAUGUUCUUGUACCAAACACCCAUCUGUGAACUAUAAUUUAGUUACCAUCUCAAUAUAUUUCUUUUUCUUA